AUGGUCUGUCUCGAGCAAGCUGCACUCGCAGUAUUGGAUGUAAGGGCAGUGGAUCGACGGGUCGCGCAAGCGGCCAAAAAGGGGGAGGUUACGGAAUGGAGGCGUACCUUGCGCCACGUGUCGCAGCUUUGGCGGUCGCACAUUCCAAGUCCUGGGGGUCGCGCAAGCGGCAAAGAAGGGGGCCACUAUCGCGGAUGGAUGAGCUCUUACGGGAGAUAUUACGACAUGUGGCGUUCCCCACGCCUUGCAGCUACUUCGGUGGCUACUGUCUACGUCGAUGGGCCGCGCAAGCGGCAGAUGGAUGCCCACCAUCGCGAAUAG